UUAGUUGAUAGAUUUAUUUUUAUAUAAUCCCUUUUAGCUAAAUUAUUUUCCUAUAUUGUGGUACCACCUAUCAUUAAGAAAGUAGGCAUCCAAUAUCUUCUUCAUUGCGGGCUUGUCCACAUAUUUUGCAUCUACUUCCACCAAAAUUUGUCUUCGUGCAACGCUUCACGUUCGCCGCGCUAAUUCUCUUCUUGUAGCUGUAAUGGAUACGCAAAAGCUCAUCAGUUCUGUUCUCUGCUGCUUCCUCUUGUCCAUGCUCUCAGGGCGGCAACAAACGGUGCAAGGAAAUCAUCAUAUACCCUCUAAUAUUCGUCCGCUAAAGCUCUUCAUCUUUGGAGAUUCUUAUGUUGACACCGGCAACACCAAUAAAACUCAAGUCGCGUGGAAAUAUCCCUAUGGCAUCACCUUUCCGGGAAAAGCAGUUGGUCGUUUCUCUGAUGGCUGUGUCCUCUCCGAUUACAUUGCUAAGUUCUUAGGACUCGAGUCUUCGAUUCCAUAUGAAGGGUGGAAAUCGUCAUCAUGUGGGAUUCCAUUGUUGAAAUACGGAAUGAAUUUUGCUUAUGGAGGCACGGGUGUCUUCGAUACUGUUACCCCCGGCCCAAAAAUGACAGUCCAGAUCGAUUACUUCGAACAGCUUCUCAAAGACAAUGUGUUUACCGCUAAAGACCUAGAGAGCUCCGUGUCCUUAGUCAGUCUCGCUGGAAAUGACUACUUUACCUACCUUACCACGAACGUCGCAUCUGCCGAGGGAUUGCAAUCUUUCAUUACGACAGUGGUCAAUCAACUUGCCAUCAACUUGAAACGAAUUCAUGGCUUGGGUGUUAAAAAAAUAGCCGUGACAUUUAUAGAGCCUUUUGGAUGUCUCCCUAUUUUCACAGGCACAUCCUCAUUCCGGCAGUGCAAUGAGACGUAUAACUCGUUCGCCAGUUUCCACAAUCUUCUAUUGAACCAAACAGUGGAAAAGCUGAACAAGGAAACAAAGGAUUCUCCCUUUUUCAUUAUUGAUCUUUAUGCUUCGUUCAGGUCCACCAUCAAGAAAAAAGGAAGUAUUAAGUUUGAGAACCCAUUGAAGCCGUGCUGUUUGCCUACUGUAAGCGGCGACUAUUUAGCCUGUGGGAGGGUAGAUGAAAAUGGAGCCAAGUUAUAUACACUUUGUGAGAAUCCCAAAUCAGGAUUCUUUUGGGACUCAUUUCAUCCUUCGCAGGAGGGAUGGCGUGCUGUGUAUUCAGCUUUGCAAGCCACUCUUGAACAAUAUUUUCUCCACUAGAUCACGAUCUAAUAAGUUUUACAAUAUAGAAGUUUUACACGUGUACAUAGAAAGACAGUUAACUUACUAGUAUUGUAUUUUGCUUAAUGGGUUUGGGAACAGCUUUACAGCUUUGUAUAUAAAGCGUCUGUAAUCACAUUUUUAAUACAUAUGGUAGAAUAUUUUUACUCUGGAAAUUAGAUUUCUUAA